UCUAGGAAGAACUUCACUGUUUUAAAUCAUGAGUUACAAAAUGUGGCUUAUAUCACCAAAACAUUUUGGUUGCUUGUGAUUUUUAAGUUGUCACUAAUCUUCAUGAUACUGUAACAGCUGUAAACUUUAUUGAUAAUUCCUUCAGGGCUGCUGUUCUUAUUCUUAUCACAUGUCGAGCAUGUUGGGCUGUUCCGCUUGAUCAGAUUUUUGUGGUCUGGUUGCAUUGGGGUGAAACUGAAGCACACAGCCACUUGUACGCCGCUGUAGCUAACAUAUUGACUCUAGCUGCCAUUAUCCCACGCCAGACUAUUCUGGGUAUGUGCUGCUACGCUGAUUCACACUUAAGUAGACACUGUGAGCUGGAAAGUUACAUUAGAGAGUGAUGGAGGUGUUGCUGCAGUUCCUUUCUGCCAUGGUUUUAGCAGUUUCUCUACCCUGUGAGCAGCGUUAACUCAUAUUUUAGUGAAAUUGCUCAGUUAAUAAUGAAAUCUGCAGAAAUAGGACAAAUAAUACACAUUUAUUUUGUCCAUAUUUGUUGCCCAAAAGGGAGCAGAGGGAGUUGUGAUGCGAGUGUUAUUUUGCUGAUGAUAUUGGCUCAUUCAGAUCCUUGCAAAGUAGUCAGUAUUGUAUUGGCUUAAAGGUCUAUCUUGCAUCAGAAAGAACUGCUGGCCAUCUCAGCAAAGUGCUGAAUUGCAGUGAGUGCAAGUGUGUGGGCGUUUUGUUUAGCCUCGCUCUGUUGCUCACUCUCUCGCUCUGUAUCUCUCUAUCUCUCUAACGCCGACACUUCCGAAGGCAAGACCAGCAGCCUUCCCCACAUCCGACGCUGUAAAAAUCCUUCUGAGUGAUGUCAAAACUGCUGACAGCUGUUGUCACACUCGCUACCGCCAUGAACUCAAAGCAGCAUCAAACGUGAGGUGGAGCUGGGCCACAGGUCUAGAGAGGUAAAGUCCACCUUGAGAUGAGAUUGAAUGAAGUGAUCACAGAGAAUGGCUCAGGAGGUCAGCACUUACUAGUCAGGAUAAUAGAGUGUCAGGAGCUGCCUUUAAUCAGCGGGCAGAACUGUGACCCCUAUGCCACCGUGUCACUCGUUGGACCUGCCAGGUCUGACCAAAAGAAAACAAAGGUGAAGAAGAAAACCAGCAACCCUCAUUUUGAAGAGACCUUCUUCUUCGAGGUCACAAGAUCCAGCAGCUAUUCCAAAAAGUCUCACUUCCAAGUGGAGGAGGAGGACAUUGAGAAACUUGAGCUCAAAGUUGAUUUGUGGAACAAUGAGAGUCUGGCUCAGGACGUGUUUCUUGGUGAGACGCGGGUCCCUGUCAAGAUCCUGCGGACGGACCACAUCCACAAAGCCUGGUAUCUCCUCCAGCCUAAAGGGAACGGCAGCAAGUCCAAGUCGGAUGAUCUAGGUUCCUUACGUCUGAAGCUGACCUACAUAGAAGACACUGUGCUGCCAUCUGCCUGCUACACACCACUCUGCAACCUUCUGCUCAAAUCCCCAGAUGUGAAGCCCAUCUCCGCUUCGGCAGCACACAUCCUGGGGGACAUCUACAGAGAGCGGUACGAGGCUGUUCUGCCCGUGGUCCGACUGCUGCUCCACCACAAUCGCUUUGUGCCUUUUGUUUCUGCUGUGGUGGCGCUAGAGCUGGACAACACUCAGGAGGCUAACACUAUAUUCCGUGGCAACUCACUGGCAACACGCUGCAUUGAUGACAUGAUGAAGAUUGUGGGAAAAAAUUACCUGGCGGUUACCCUGAAGCCUGUCAUAGAUGAGAUUUGUGAAUCCAACAAAACCUGUGAGAUAGACCCUGUCAAACUAAAGGAAGGUGACAACGUAGAGGUCAACAAGGAGAACCUACAGGGUUACGUCCAGAAGGUCUUUUCCUCCAUCACCCAGUCCAGCUCGACCUGUCCCCCGCUCAUGUGUGAUGUCUUUAGGUCACUGAGACACUUGGCCUCUAAGCGUUUCCAAGCCGACCCUCACGUUCAGUACUCAGCUGUUAGCAGCUUUGUUUUCUUGCGGUUCUUUGCUGUGGCUGUUCUUUCUCCACACUCCUUCCAGCUACGCUCACAUCAUCCUGAUCCUGAGAUUUCCCGCACGCUCACUCUCAUCUCAAAAACAAUCCAGACUCUGGGCAGCUGGGGUAGUUUGUCUAAGAAAAUGUCUAGUUUCAAAGAAACCUACAUGUACGACUUCUUCAAAUCAUUCCAAGAGGACAAGUGUAUCGAAAGAGUUAAAAAGUUCCUAGAUGAGAUCUCCUCAAACGUCAGCAAAGAGUCUAGUGGGCUGGAGGACGCAGUGGUUCUCAAGGAGGGGGAAGUACAGAAACGUGCCCAGGGGAGGAAACGCCUGGGGAAGAAAAACUUCAAAAAGCGAUGGCUCAGAGUGACCAACAGGGAGCUCUCCUACCACAAACACAAAGGGAAAGAGGCCCUCUGCAUCAUCAACGUCAAAAAUAUCCAGGCGGUCGAGAAACUGGAUGAAAGUGCCUUUAACCGCAAAAAUAUGUUUCAGGUGGUCCACUCGGAGAAGCCUCUGUACGUACAGGCAGGAAACUGUGUGGAGGCCAGCGAGUGGCUGGAUGUCCUGGGUCAGGUCAUCUGCUGCAAUGAGGGACGCCUGGCCAACUUCCACGCAUCCAAUUACAGCGCUGGAGCCUGGCAGUGCUGCAAAAACCAGAACAACAACGCACCAGGCUGCAAGCCCUGCACAAUCACUGUGUUGGCCAACCUGCAGCUUGACAUAGACUGUGAUCGGGAAACGGAGAGAAUUUUCUCCCUUCUCUCUUCAAACGACACCAAACUGCAGGACAUGGAGGAUGCAUGUGCCAGUAUGGCAGUGUACCAGGGGCCUCAGCGGGAGCAGGAGGAGUGCUCCAAGUUCACCAUUCAGGAACCCAAAGAGACGUUUCAGACGCUCAAACAGCUCCGCAACGUCAUGGAGGAACUUCAGAGGCAGCACAACAUCAGGAACGACACCACGGCGCAGUACGGCAGCCUGGACAACCCGAUAGUGGGGAAACCCUCCUAGCCAGGCCGGGCCGGUGUGGCCUGAGAGGGUCGGACCAGCAGGUGUCAGUACUUCACAAGCAGCGCUGCAGUGACACACUGGCGUCUCAGAGGAGUGCCAGGAGUUGUCCCGCCGACAACAGCUGCUGUGUGUCCAGGAGAAGAACAACUGAUACACCCUGACCUCCAGACAUCCUGACUCCACCACCGCCACGCGGGAAGUGGAUGGAUUGCAAGCUUUUCCGGCGUCUCUCCUUGUGUUCUCGUGCCACCUCCUCCUCCUCCUCCUCCUCCUCCUUCACCUCCUCACGUAAAGACACUCCCUCUCUUGAUUUACGUUCUCUUCUACGUCUCCAGCUGUAUGAAAAAGGCAUAGUUAGAAUAAGUGUGUGAAUAGGCUGCUAUUUUUUUUUUAUUCACCCACUUUUAUAUCGACAGCUGAGAUGAUACUUUCCCAAUCUUUUAACAGUUGGCUUUUCGGAGUUGAUUGAUAAUCAUCAUGUUUCUAGAGGAGUGUCCUCCACUUGUGCCCGAGCACAUUUAAAAACUUCCUCCAUUCUUAUUGUCCUUCCUCCUCUUAACAAAUGUUUAUGUAUGUAUAUAUAUAUAUAUAUACAUACAUAUAUAUAUAUACAUACAUAUAUACAUUUUUCGAGUAGAUGAAACCGAUCUGCCUUACUUUGAUGGAUGAUUCUUUCAGAUUAAAUGCUGAUGGAAUAAUGCAGAAGCACUUUAAAUAUUUGGAGUUCUCCAAAUGAAAAACCAUUAGAUACUUGGUAUCAGCUUUUCCCCCAAUUGAUCAGUUACAUGAUCAUUUUUGUUUCAUUCCUGUACAAUAACAUUGAUAGCCUUUAGUUUUUAAAAUAUUUUUCUUGACCAAAGACAAUUUCAUAGGUUUGACUUGAAAAAAUGAAACAUGUAUUUUGAACACAAAUGUUUUAAAAAUGAAUAUAUAUAUAUAUAUAUGGUUUAUGUGUAAGUUUUUUUUUUGCUAACAUAUCCUUUUACUUUAGUGACUUUAGGCAAACGGAUUGCAUGCGUUCAGUUUUGAAUCCUGAUAGCACAUGACUGUGGUUUCGAGUUGUGUUUCGCUGUGAUUGUGAGUCUUAUCGGUACGUCGUACCUCAGAUCCGUGCUGUGACGUCGAGAGCAUUGCAACAUGUCUGUAGUGGCUAAGAAAUGAAAUGCUGGAGGAACAAAUGAGCCCUGUUAUCCCUAAAUUAGCCCCAACGAUCACACCAUGUCCUUUUCUUAUCUCUUGGACCAUCAGUUCAGUGCAGCUCCAGCUGUUGUUGCACUUUAUGGUUUUAGAAAAUUAGUAUAAGAUGCGACACUCUGUUGCUUAAAACCUGUGUUUUUUAUGUUUUCCUCACCUUUAGUCACAGCACUCCACUGCCAUAACUACUGCCCAAACCCAAAGAGUCAAGAAAAGUCCUGUGUUGUAAAACAGAAAAAUAUAUGCAUUCAACAUAAAUAAUGAUAAUAAUGCACAUUAUUACUCCGUUUAAAUGACUCAUAUCCGAGAUAAAUUCUUAUCCUAACAAUCAUAUUUUGCAAAAGCAGCGCUGCACAGUACAGUAAUAGAAACUAUUCUUGAAACUGACAGAAAGAGAUUGUGGAUUUUUGAACUCUUCGGUUUAUCUGUUUUAUAAAAUUGAUAUUUAUAUGGUACUUAAACCAAAACUGAAAGUUUUAGGUUGCAACUUUUUACUCUUUCUAUCAGUCGAUUUUUUUUUUAUUAAUCAACAUUAUUUAUGUGCUUUCAAAAACUGAAGAAAAAUCUAAAUUUGAUUCACUCCUGUUUUGGAUUUUGUUUGUCUCCUGUAAUGUUUCCCAUCAUUUGCCCAUUUGAACAAUGAAGUUUUGAAAAAGAAAGAACCUCACAUUCAUCUUAACAACAGAAGUUUCAUGCUGAGGGUUAACUAUGGUUUUUUUUUAUGGCUUGUGGAAAUAAGUUGUUUUGCUUUUGGUCCGUCAUAUAUUUCCAACAUGCAUGUCUUGUAUAUUUAACAAUAUAUUUUUAUAGGAAAACCUUUUUUAAAUCUUUUUAUUACACUGAUUUAAUUGUUGCUCUACUGGUACGGUACCUGGCUCUUUAUCUGCAGCACUUCUUUCAGGCUCUUUGUUUUUGUCUUGUCACUGACUGGAUUUGGUUGCAGCUGCUGCUGAACCUCCACUCGUCCAUGUUAACAGUUACUGAAGUGAAUCAUAUUAUGUGGGUCUGUUUAAUCGGAGCCACAAUACAAAUGUUAAACGAUUGAUUUUAAGUCAUUUAAUUUGAUGAUUUUUCUGUGCUUGUGAAACGCUUUGAGUCGAAAAGAAAAAUUGUCGGAUCUGGAUUUGAACUCAUCAGGGCAUAAAGAUAUUGUUAUAUACUGUAUAAACUUGCAUGUCCACUGCAGUUUGUAAUAAGAGCCACUGCACUAGCAGAUGAUCGGCUCGUGUGUUCAUUUUCACAUGAAGGUGAACACGUUUUGGGUUCUUAAUUCCUCUCACUUUGUCACUGAAUCACGAGUUAUUCCAUUUGUUUUCCCAUAUCAUUGCAUUGUCUCUCUGUCAAAUGACAUCAUACCUUCUCUUCAACCACUAGUUUGGUCGCAGGUGAAAGAAAAACUCACUCUUAUUAAUAUCUGAUAUUAUUUGGUGGCCUUAUUAGCAAAUUGAAUUAUAAGUAAUCAUUAAAAACUGGUAUUUGCAGCAUAAAUGCAAUUGACAGAGCAUCUUAAUGCAGACAAGUCAUUUUACUGAUCAUCUAAUUUAAUAACAUACAGCCAGACCAAUGACUUCUUUGACACAAUUACAGUGAAGUUGACAGAGUGUUAACAUCGAGUGAACAUUAAAUAAGUUGGUCCACCUUCAGUUGGGAGAAGAUGUGAAAAUGUGUUCAGAUGUGAGCAUAUUAACCAUCGACUCAAUCGUCUGUCAGACUGCAGCCCGUAUGAGAUGCAUGUGGAAACACGCCCAGUGGUCUGGCAGUUGUUGAAGUGAAAGUAGCACAGCUCUUCUUGACUCGUUGGAUUGUGGCCACAAGGGUUUGGUUUAAACGUUGUCAAACUGAAUAAGCUUUGACUGAUCAGAUGCAAAACAAAUCUGAUGUCAUAUCUGAUGUUUCUGAUCUCCUCCUGUUAAUUCAAAAAAUUUGAAAAAAACAGUUUUAUACAAGAACCAAAACUGAUUUGAGGUUCAGGUGUUCGUUCGUUUAUUUUCGAAUACUGACGUGAAAUUGCAAAACAAUCUAAUAAUCAACUUAGAGAGGCAGUGGCAGCAGAGUGCAGGUUUAAAAGUCAGUGUGAAGGUUUCUUAGGAUUUUUCUUUCUAAUGUCAGAGCUUCUCUUUGUCCAGUGUCCAGUCAGUACUUUCAGGAAGCAGACACUAUUUUCACAUCUCCAAAUAAUUUCUUCUGAAUGUUUCCGUGCAGCUUCAGCACAUUGUCUAUUCUUUUUAUACACAUGAAAUGUUUAUUUUUCAUACAUGGUCUUGUCUGUGUCCGUUUGAAAAAAGUUAAAAUAAACACUUUGCCCAUAA